UUGUAUAAAUAUGAGGGUUAGAGCGUCAUUUGGUACAGUCUCUUCAAAGUUUCAACAUGCAGUUUAGUGUUUUGCUGUUGGCCUUAGGCCUGGCCGUGGCCACAGCUGUCCCCAGAAAUCCUCAAAGGAUUGUUGGAGGAUCGGUAACUACCAUCGGACAGUACCCAUUUGGAGCUUCCUUGCUGUAUUCAUGGGGUGGUACUACCUACUGGCAGGCUUGCGGUGGAAGCAUCUUGAACAACAGAGCUAUUCUCUCUGCUGCUCAUUGUUUCCUCCAUGACACAGCCAAUAUGUGGCGCAUCCGCGUCGGAUCUACAAACGCCAACAGCGGUGGAGUAGUCCACAACACUAACAGAAUCAUCAUGCAUCCCAACUACGAUCCCCGCAAUGAGAACAACGAUAUUGCUAUUUUGCGCUCUUCUACUAACUUCGCGUUCAACAACAAUGUGCGCGCUGCAAGCAUUGCGGGCUCCAACUACAACCUAGCUGAUAACCAGGUUGUCUGGGCUAUCGGAUGGGGCGCUACUUCUUUCAAAGGACCAAGCUCUGAGCAACUACGUCACGUACAAGUCUGGACUGUCAACCAAAACACAUGCAGGCAACGUUAUGCCGCUAGACGUGUUGUCACCGAAAACAUGUUGUGCUCCGGCUGGCUCGGCGUCGGCGGUCGCGACCAAUGCCAAGGAGACUCUGGUGGUCCUCUCAUCCACAACGGUGUUGUCGUCGGUGUAUGCUCUUGGGGACACGAAUGUGCUCUGGCUAACUACCCUGGUGUUAAUGCGCGUGUCUCUCGCUACACCUCCUGGAUCCAGUCUAAUGCAUAAGUUAUUAUAUUUUCAAAAAUAAAUAUGAUUAAAACAUGAAACAAU